AUGUCUAACCUCAUCGAUGCCGACGCGGGCACCGAGCGCUUCAGCGGCUAUGAGGCCGAACUAAAGCUGGUACAAGCCGACCUCAGCCAGCAGAUAGAGCAGAUCAAAGAAACGACUGGCGAACCCAGGAAGGCCGCCAUCAGUAGGGCAGAGCGUGCGCUGGAGGAGGCCGAGGAGUUGAUUGGCCAGAUGCGCCUCGAAAAGUCCAACAUUCCCGCCAAUCUCAAGUCCAAGUACAACGCGCGCUUUCGCAACUUUGAGCACGACCUCGAUACCAGCAAGCGCAAGCUGCAAACAUACACCUCGGACCGCUCCAAGCUCUUUGGCGACCGCUACACCGACAAUCCCGAUGGCGGCGACGCUCAACUCGAGCAGCGCCAGCAACUUCUCUCUGGCACAGAUCGCUUGAACAGGUCGAGCAACAGGCUGAGGGAGAGCCAGCGGAUUGCGCUCGAGACGGAGCAGAUUGGCGCUAGUACCCUCGGUGACUUGCACAGGCAGAGGGAGCAAAUCACGAACACAAGGGAGAGGCUGCUCGAGAGCGAGGGAUACACCGAUCGGAGUAUCAAGACUCUAAGGGGCAUGGCGAGGCGGAUGGCCACGAACCGCAUCAUUACCAUUGCCAUUAUAACUGUCCUGGUGCUACUCAUCAUCGCCGUCAUUUUCAGCAAGUUCAGAUGA